CGCCAAUCACCUCUAUCUAUGUUCGCCGUGGCGUCAGAACGCAAUUACCGAUAAGCAACCAACAGAGGGCGCUAUGUGCAACUAAUUACAAUGUAGCUGUUUCCAAACUCGAUGGUAAAUGACGGAAACCUUAAGUGGUCAAUUGGCGAACGCGUUUAGUUGUCUGAAAAGUAGCGUGUCUAUGGCAGGUUUGGGGAAAGGUGGGGAAGUGCUUUUCAGACGUGGAGCCGCACAGAGCGAUGACUCUGAUAUCUGGGAUGAUACGGCUCUAAUUGAAGCAUAUGAUAAAGCAGUAUCUUCUUUUAAGAGAGCACUAAAGAAUGGGGAUUGUACAGUUAAUGCAGAAACAGAAGAAAAUAAUCCCAGGACCAAAAGGAAAAAUAAUAAGAAGAAUAGAAGCAGGAAUAAGUGUAAUGCUGCUCCGCUGAAAAAGUGGAGAGUAGGAGACACAUGUAAUGCCAUUUGGUCUGAAGAUGGGAAUAUCUACCCAGCCACCAUCUCUUCCAUUGACGCUAAAAGAGGGACUUGUAUAGUUGUUUAUAGUGAAUAUGGCAAUAAUGAGGAACAUAGCUUGACUGACCUGCAUUUUCCCGAUACUUCUGAAGCAGAAAGUGACCAGAGGGAUCAAGAGCAGGAGAUAAAUGGAGAUGAGCAUUCAACAGAUGAAAGUGAUAGAUCUUCAAGAUCACCUCAAAGUAAAGCUGCCCAGAGCCAAGAGGCACCAGAGUCCUCACAGUGGAAUGGCCAGUUCCCUCCUGUUCCUCCUCCGUUUAUGCCUGGGUUUGGAAGGCAUGGUGAGAAGUUGGAUCAAUCGCAUCCCUUUCUCUCUGGCUGGCCCCCACCCUUUCUACCUGGACCACCUAUGAUUCCUCCACCUCCUCCAAUGAGCCCUGAUGCUUGUGAAGAUGAAGAGGCACUAGGCAGUAUGCUGAUCGCCUGGUACAUGAGCGGAUAUCACACUGGCUACUAUCUGGGGCUAAAGCAAGGGCGUAUGGAAUCUUCCUUUGGAAAACCACCUCACCAGAAGUAACUGCAAACAUCCAGCAGUAGGUGCGGGUGUUUACUAGAAUUUCCACACUGAAAAAACAGCUCCUGGAUAUAUGGAACCAUUCUAAAGUAACUGUUACCAUCUAGCAUUGUGUUAUAUCCUAUAUGAUUUAGAAUGUGUCUCAUUAAGCAAUAUUGUUACUUUAGUGAAUAGAAACAUCCAGUUUAUAAACCUAUGUGAAGGUGCCAGAGAUUAACACCUGCAUCAUCAUUAUUAUUAUUAUUCAAUCAUUUCCUUGGGAAGAGUACGUAGUUCAGAUCCAGUCAUUUGUAAUUGAACUGCAGGGGUUUUAUAAAUGUAUUGAUUUCAGUAAAGAUAUACAGGCACUUAGAGUGAAUUUGUUAUAAAAUAUUGAUCACUUAAGUUCAUUGCUCCAAUCUCUCCUUGUGCCUAUUUAGAAGCAGAAUUACUGUUUAAGUAGGAAUAGUAUUCAUUAACAUAAGGAUUAACAAUGUGGCAGAACUAUACUGUCUUUUUGAUUCCAAAGAUCCUUACUAAAGUGUUAUCAAUUACUUUUGUUAUUCUAAAAAAAUACAGUUCACCUUGGUUUAAAUAACCAGUCCAAACUUUUUGCAGCAGGCAUUUUGGGUUCUUUUUCUAUUAUAAUAGUGUAUUUGAGAUUAAAAUGAAAUUUCCACACA